AUGGAAUCUGCGAAACGAAGCUUUCGGGUGAUUGCUGCCUACGACGCGAAGGGGAAUGAUGUUCUUGCUCUGCUGAAGAAUACGCGACUUGAGAUCGACGCGAAGAAGGGGCGCGUCUGUCAAGCGGGGGCCCGAGCUGGUUCUCAACUAUUUCGGACACAGAAAUGUCAAGGGAAAAAGGUUUCUCUUCCACAGAAUGUAGUUGUCCUCAUACAAGAGACUACAAGAGGUUCAACGAACAAGAAGUACGGGUACUCGGUCGAGAUCGGUCCGUUGCUCCUGGAGUCACUACCUCAAGCGGCGUUCCAGACGGGUCUCUACAUCGUCGGCAGCUCGAGGGCGACCCGCAUCUACAUUGACGAGCGCAUAUUCGUGCAGUCUAUCGUAGUCUCGCUGCUUAGUCUGUCAAUGCAAUACUGCACUCUGCUCUGGGAGGCGGUGUACGAGGGCAAGAGGUUGUCGAGGGUGUUUCUGGACCGGUUCCAUAGCGCAGGGCAGCCGAUUCUCGUGAUAGCAAAGUCUACGCCGAAUGUGGAUAAGGAGGAAAUGGGAGAGGUCAGUCUGAAGUCGGAUAUGACGAUUUAG